AACUCCGAGCGUCCCCUCAGUUUCCAACUGAAACUCGUAACGAAGCGACGAAACUCGGCCCGCAUUGCAAAUCACGCAAAUCAUAGUAAACCGCCGAUCGCGAUUUCUCUCCCUUCAAUUCUGUCCCGAUGGAACGUCCGUCCCCGACGUUCUGAAAUUCGAUACGAAUUCAACGCCGGCGAGAGUUCGCGCCGUUUUCCGUCGAACUUUCUCGUUUCCAGAUCGAUCGGUUGGCUCGAAUUUGUUCGAGAAUUGCUCACGGAACCGGAGGAACAAGGCCGCCGCCGCCGCCGUGCCCGCGCUCUCCCGCCCGCUCGCUUCCGUCGGAGACGAUUGAAGGAGCCGCGUGUAUCAGGCUUUCAUCCGGUGUCGCUGUAUCUAUCUAUCUAUCAGUCGACUCGCGCACACGUCCCGUUCUUGAAAAGAACUCUCUGGGCUCUGCUUCCGUCCGAGGCUUUCUUGCGGAUUGAUUCGGUUCUGCAAGCCACACAAAAAUGCCAGACAUUGACUUGGGAUCUCACACUAUACAGUCCCAUGGAUUCAAGGUGGCAAAAGUGCAUAAGCAUGACUGGCUCAUUCUUCUGCUUCUUGUGGUGAUAGAAGCCAUUUUACUUAAAAUAGAACCAUUUCACCGUUUUGUUGGAGAAGACAUGAUGACAGACAUGAAAUAUCCUCUGAAGGGCAAUACCGUGCCCGUUUGGGCUGUCCCAAUGAUCGCCAUACUGUUUCCGUUCGUCGUCUUUCUUGUUUACUACUUCACCCGCAAAGACAUUUAUGAUUUCCAUCACGCGAUUUUGGGCCUUCUAUUUGCGGUACUUUUGACUGCGGUGAUUACCGAUGCUAUAAAAAAUGCUGUUGGACGACCAAGACCAGACUUCUUCUGGCGGUGUUUCCCUGAUGGAAAAGGGGAUUUUGAUCCUCUAACGAAGGAUGUCAUCUGUCAUGGAGAUAAGGCCGUGAUAAAGGAAGGCUACAAAAGCUUCCCCAGUGGGCAUACCUCUUGGUCCUUUGCAGGUCUCAGUUUCCUUUCAUGGUAUCUAGCAGGGAAAAUUAGAGCAUUUGACCGUCGGGGUCACAUUGCAAAACUCUGCAUCAUACUAUUCCCUUUGCUUCUUGCGGCCCUUGUUGCUAUUUCUCGUGUUGAUGACUAUUGGCACCAUUGGCAGGAUGUAUUCACCGGCGCUCUUAUAGGAUCAAUCAUUGCUUCGUUUUGCUACUUGCAGUUCUUCCCUUAUCCAAAUGAUACGAAUGGUUGGGCGCCUCACUCAUUUUUUCAGAUGAUGGAAGAGAGAAAUAGGGGUCAUUCUUCAGCUCAAAGGGUUAACUCUUUUCAUAUGCAACAACCGGAAGUGGAAGCUUCAUAUAUGGGAAGAAAUAAUGGCAUGUCAAGUACGGAAUCAACCUCGCGUGAGCAUGAUACUACCCCUGUUUUGGAUGCCAUGGAAGCUGGGAGAAAAUACUGAUGUAAGAUAAAAUUUGUUGAAAGAAUAUAUCUUCCCAUUUUUGUAAAUGAAUGUCCGAGGGAAUUCUUUACCCUUGUAGAUAUCCUUCUCGAAACUAUUUGAGGGUGAGGAUGUUUUUUUCAUAGGAUCACAUGGAACGAUGUCACAUUUCACCUUGAACAUAUGUGCAUGUUAAUCUAA